AAAAAAAUCCUGGAAAAUCCCUAUUCUCUCUCUUUCUCACUCUAUAAAACCCUCCUAGUCACUCAUUCUCUCUCUAAAAUCUCUCUGAAAUCUGUCACUCUGAAACAUUUCUUUCCCAAUUUAUGAUCCUUUUUAAUCCUCUAAUGGAUGAUGGAUCUGCCCUCUUUAUCACUUCCUAGAUCUUUUUACCUCUGAAUUUAAUCAUUUUUCUUUCCCUUUUUGGUUCCUGAUUCAGUAGAUUUUCUCGGGAAAAUUUUCAGAGAGAGACAGAGGUAGAGAAGGGAGGACUACAAGAGGAGGGGAGGGAAUCGGAAAUGAAGGUUCCGUGCUGUUCUGUGUGUCAAACACGGUACAACGAGGAGGAGAGAGUUCCUUUGUUGCUUCAAUGUGGACACGGCUUCUGCAAGGAGUGUCUCUCACGGAUGUUCUCUGCUUCGCUCGAUACGACCUUGUCUUGUCCUCGCUGUCGGCACGUAUCAGUUGUUGGUAACUCCGUCAACGCUCUCCGGAAGAACUAUGCUGUCCUUGCCCUCCUCCACUCGCCUUCUGCUGCUGCUGCGGCUGCAUCGGCGCCCAACUUCGAUUGUGAUUACACUGAUGAUGAUGAGGAUGAGGACAACGAGGAGGAAGAGGAGGAGAGGUGUAGCCGUGGGUCCCACGCAUCGAGUUCUGGAGCCUGUGGGCCGUUGAUCGAGCUUGGGGUCCACCAGGAUGUGAAGCUAGUUAGGAAAAUAGGGGAGGGGAGAAGGGCUGGAGUGGAGACGUGGGCAGCUGUAAUUGGUGGUGGGGUCCAUGGGAAGUGCAAGCAUCGGGUGGCAGUGAAGAAAGUGGAGGUGGGGGAGGAUAUGGAGGUGGAGUGGGUGCAAGGUCAGCUGGAGAACUUGCGGCGAGCUUCCAUGUGGUGUAGAAAUGUUUGUACUUUCCAUGGGGUGGUUAAGAUGGAUGGAUGUCUAGGUCUUGUUAUGGACAGAUGCUCUGGCUCUGUUCAAUCUGAAAUGCAGAAAAAUGAAGGCAGGCUUACUCUCGAGCAGAUUCUAAGAUAUGGGGCUGACAUAGCACGAGGAGUGGCAGAACUCCAUGCAGCAGGUGUUGUCUGUAUGAAUAUAAAACCAUCCAAUCUUCUCCUAGAUUCAAGUGGUCGUGCAGUGGUUUCCGAUUAUGGACUUGCUGCAAUUUUGAAGAAAACUGCCUGCCGGAAAGCUCGAUCAGAGUGUGAGUCUGUGAAAAUCCAUUCAUGUAUGGACUGUACAAUGCUUAGCCCACACUAUACAGCUCCUGAGGCAUGGGAGCCAGUGAGGAAGUCAUUGAAUUUAUUCUGGGACGAUGCAAUUGGUAUUUCUGCCGAGUCAGAUGCCUGGAGUUUUGGUUGUACACUGGUGGAGAUGUGUACAGGAUCCAUCCCGUGGGCCGGUUUAAGUGCUGAGGAAAUUUAUCGAGCAGUUAUCAAGGCUCGAAAAUUGCCUCCACAAUAUGCGAGUGUGGUGGGUGUUGGAAUGCCUAGAGAAUUGUGGAAGAUGAUUGGAGAGUGCCUGCAGUUCAAGGCAGCAAAAAGGCCAAGUUUUAAUGCAAUGUUAGCAAUAUUCCUCCGUCAUCUGCAAGAGUUGCCACGCAGCCCUCCUGCAAGCCCUGAUAAUAGCUUUGCAAAAUAUCCUGGAUCAAAUGUGACAGAGCCAUCUCCCACAUCUGAUUUGGAGGCUUUUCAGGACAAUCCUGGCCAUUUACAUCGGCUGGUAUCAGAAGGGGAUGUGAAUGGCGUGAGGGAUUUGCUUGCAAAGGCUGCAUCAGGAAAUGGUAGUAGUUCAAUAUCUAUAUUGUUAGAAGCACAAAAUGCUGAUGGACAGACUGCUCUCCACCUGGCUUGUAGACGCGGUAGUGCAGAACUUGUUCAGGCUAUAUUGGAGUACAGGCAGGCAAAUGUUGACGUUUUGGAUAAAGAUGGUGAUCCUCCACUUGUUUUUGCUUUAGCAGCUGGAUCUCCAGAAUGUGUUCGCGCUCUUAUUGAAAAAGGGGCUAAUGUUAGAUCUAGGUUGAGAGAAGGGUUUGGUCCAUCUGUUGCUCAUGUUUGUGCCUACCAUGGCCAACCUGAUUGUAUGCGUGAGUUACUAUUGGCUGGAGCUGAUCCCAAUGGUGUAGAUGAUGAAGGUGAAACAGUCUUACAUAGAGCUGUUGCCAAGAAAUAUACAGAUUGUGCUCUUGUUAUACUGGAAAAUGGCGGCUGUAGAUCCAUGGCCGUUCAAAAUUCUAAAAAUUUGACGCCAUUGCACUUGUGUGUGGCAACUUGGAAUGUGGCUGUUGUGAAAAGAUGGAUGGAAGUUGCUUACCCAGAAGAAAUAGCUAAUACAAUUGAUAUACCCAGUCCAGUUGGAACUGCAUUAUGUAUGGCAGCUGCUGUCAAGAAAGAUCAUGAAAUAGAUGGGAGAGAACUGGUGCGAAUAUUGCUUGCUGCUGGAGCAGAUCCAACAGCCCAAGAUUCACAGCAUGGGCGAACAGCCUUACAUACUGCUGCAAUGGCAAAUGAUGUUGAGUUGGUCAAGAUUAUUCUUGAAGCUGGAGUGGAUGUAAACAUUCGGAACAUGCAUAAUACAAUUCCUCUUCAUGUAGCCUUAGCCAGAGGGGCAAAGUCAUGUGUUGGGUUGCUUUUAUCUGCUGGAGCAAGUUGUAAUAUGCAGGAUGAUGAAGGUGAUAAUGCUUUCCACAUAGCAGCAGAUGCAGCAAAAAUGAUAUGUGAAAAUCUUGAAUGGCUUAUCAUUAUGCUUAGAAAUCCUGAUGCUGCUGUAGAUGUUAGAAACCACAGUGGUAAGACAUUACGUGAUUUUCUGGAGGCCCUUCCUCGGGAAUGGAUUUCAGAAGAUUUGAUGGAGGCACUUAAUAAUAGGGGAGUUCAUCUUUCUCCUACAAUAUUUGAAGUAGGGGAUUGGGUGAAGUUCAAAAGAAGUGUCACAGCUCCUACACAUGGUUGGCAAGGUGCUAAACAUAAGAGUGUAGGCUUUGUGCAAAAUGUUGUGGACAAGGACAAUCUCAUUGUGUCAUUCUGUACUGGAGAGGCUCAUGUGUUGGCAAGUGAAGUUUUGAAGGUGAUUCCUUUAGACAGGGGACAGCAUGUCCAGCUUAAACCAGAUGUCAAAGAGCCAAGGUUUGGCUGGCGUGGUCAAUCACGUGACAGCAUUGGAACUGUUUUAUGUGUUGAUGAUGAUGGGAUUCUGCGGGUUGGGUUUCCGGGGGCAUCUAGAGGAUGGAAAGCUGACCCUGCAGAAAUGGAGAGGGUUGAAGAAUUCAAGGUUGGUGACUGGGUUCGUAUCCGUCCGACACUCACAACAGCUAAGCAUGGAUUAGGAUUGGUAACACCAGGGAGUAUUGGUAUAGUGUAUUGUAUCAGACCAGAUAGUAGUCUAUUGUUAGAGUUAAGUUAUCUUCCAAAUCCAUGGCAUUGUGAACCAGAGGAAGUUGAGCCUGUUGCCCCUUUCAGGAUUGGUGAUCGGGUAUGUGUGAAGCGAUCUGUCGCAGAACCUAGGUAUGCUUGGGGUGGUGAGACCCAUCAUAGUGUUGGAAGAAUUAGUGAGAUAGAGAAUGAUGGUCUUCUCAUAAUAGAAAUACCAAAUCGACCUAUCCCAUGGCAGGCUGAUCCAUCUGAUAUGGAAAAGGUUGAGGAUUUCAAGGUUGGGGAUUGGGUGAGAGUGAAGGCUUCAGUAUCCUCUCCGAAAUAUGGAUGGGAGGACAUUACACGAAACAGCAUCGGUAUAAUACACAGCUUGGAGGAGGAUGGUGAUAUGGGUGUUGCCUUUUGUUUCAGGAGCAAGCCUUUUUCUUGCUCUGUGACAGAUGUGGAGAAGGUGCCUCCAUUUGAAGUGGGACAAGAGAUACAUGUCUUGCCUUCUGUCACUCAGCCACGACUUGGAUGGUCAAAUGAAAGCCCUGCAACUGUUGGAAAAAUUGUUAGAAUUGACAUGGACGGAGCUUUGAAUGUGAGGGUUGCUGGCAGAAAUAACUUGUGGAAAGUUUCUCCUGGAGAUGCAGAGCGGCUUUCAGGAUUUGAAGUUGGUGAUUGGGUACGUUCAAAACCAAGCCUGGGGACUAGACCAAGUUAUGAUUGGAAUAGCAUUGGGAAGGAAAGUUUAGCUGUUGUGCAUAGUGUACAAGAGACAGGUUACUUGGAACUAGCUUGUUGUUUCCGUAAAGGAAGGUGGAUUACUCAUUACACGGAUGUUGAAAAGGUUCCAUGCUUCAAAGUGGGGCAGCAUGUUCGGUUUCGAACUGGGCUAGUUGAGCCAAGGUGGGGCUGGAGGGGUGCUCAGCCUGAUUCACGAGGCAUAAUAACUAGCGUGCAUGCUGAUGGAGAAGUGAGGAUUGCUUUUUAUGGUUUGCCAGCAUUGUGGAGGGGAGAUCCUGCAGAUCUUGAGAUUGCGCAGAUGUUUGAAGUGGGAGAAUGGGUCAGACUGAAGGAAGAUGCGGGUAACUGGAAAUCUAUUGGGCCAGCCAGCAUUGGUGUUGUACAGGGCAUAGGUUAUGAUGGUGAUGAAUGGGACGGAAGCACUUACGUCGGCUUCUGUGGGGAGCAAGAAAGAUGGGUGGGACCUACUUCCCAUCUUGAAAGAGUAGAAAAGCUCAUAGUUGGCCAGAAAGUCAGGGUUAAACUCUCUGUGAAGCAGCCGAGAUUUGGGUGGUCAGGCCACAGUCAUGUGAGUGUUGGAACAAUAUCAGCAAUUGAUGCCGAUGGGAAACUGAGAAUAUAUACUCCUGUAGGCUCUAAAACUUGGAUGCUUGAUCCUUCAGAAGUGGAGCUGGUGGAGGAAGAGGAGCUUCAUAUUGGAGACUGGGUGAGGGUAAGGGCAUCAGUAUCAACACCAACACACCAGUGGGGAGAGGCAAAUCAUUCAAGCAUUGGGGUGGUGCAUCGGAUGGAAGAUGGGGAAUUAUGGGUUGCCUUCUGUUUCAUGGAAAGGCUGUGGCUUUGCAAGGCAUGGGAAAUGGAAAGAGUUAGACCAUUCAAAGUGGGGGACAAGGUGAGAAUUAGAGACGGGCUUGUAACACCUCGGUGGGGGUGGGGAAUGGAGACUCACGCAAGCAAAGGCAGAGUAGUUGGUGUGGAUGCAAAUGGGAAGCUGAGGAUUAAGUUUCAAUGGAGAGAAGGGAGGCCAUGGAUUGGAGAUCCUGCUGAUAUUGUUCUUGAUGAGAGUUGAGCUUUUAUAAGGUGCUGGAUGAAGAUCUCAUUGCUUUCUGUGCUGCUUUUUGUUCGCGCCACAAUCCUAUGGAGACAGCUUGUUUCAGCUGUGAUACAGUCCAGUAUGCUUGAAACUCUACAUUUGACUGCAGCAGCCUCUUUAACAAACAAAAUUUGUUUAUUGUUGAAUUACAGAAGAAAUAGAGAGUAAAAAACUGGACCAUGCAGAAAAUUGGCUUGCCUUGCCGUUAAAUUAUAGGAGAGGUUGGAAUCGGCAAGGAAAAAGGUAGCUGUAGUCAUUUGUAUCUGAUAGAUGUUGGUAGCUGAUAAGCUUUUUGAGGUAUAUAUGUCAUUUAUAUGUAAUAUUGUACAAACUGAACCUUUAUAGAUCUUGCGAGUUGUUGCUCUUUUGGAGUUAUUUUAAUAACUUUGAGCAGGACUGGUAUUUCUUCGUCA